AUGUCUUUGGCCGCGCUCUCCGUCGAUCCCCGGCCCCUCGCGCAGCUCCAGGCCAGACUGCAACUCAUUCCAUUGGCUCGAGGAAACCAAAACGACUACGCCAAGCAACCGAGCUUGAUGCUAUACUUCAUAUUUAAAGCGAACGGCGCCAAGCCUGCGAAGGCUUGGAAGUGGAGUCUGCGGAGCCCCCUGAGAAGGACUCAACUCAGCGCGCGACGGUACAAAACGGCGUGGUCAGCAUCUUUACGACAAGCGGUCCCGACAUCGCGUCAAGAGUACCUGCACACGUCGCCGCAACAUCGUCGACAACAGACCGAAAUCGAUAUCGGGAACGCGGCGUAA